AUGCUACGAAUCCUCGAAUCUCAAGCUCCAGUGAAGCAGACAGCCACAGAUACGAUAAGUAUCUUGAGCGGUCGGCUACAGAGUGCCACCCUUCUAGAGGAUCGUCGAGCUGCAAUACUAGGACUACGAAGCUUUGCGAAGCUCUACCCAGCAUCAGUCGCAUCCGGAGCCCUGCGGGAUCUCAUUGCUUGCCUGAGAAGAGAUGGGGAUGAUCUGGACACCAUCAAGGUCGUUCUGGAAACCUUGUUGAUACUUUUUAAUCCGGAUGAGAAGAGUCCAGAAGCUUCAGAUGAGAUAGCCUUAUGGCUUGCAGAUGAAUUUACCCAACGUCAAGACAAUAUUACAGCCCUUUUGGACUUGCUCGAGUCGAAAGACUUCUACCCGAGACUCUACUCCCUACAGUUGAUAUCCCGGAUUGCGACAGCAAGACCAGAGAGGACACAGGAGAGUAUCUCUACGGCGCCUUUGGGGGUGUCCCGCCUAGUAGCAGUUCUAGACGAUAAAAGGGAAGCAGCUCGAAACGAAGCUUUGCUAUUGCUAGUAGCCCUGACGCCAUCUUCUGCCGAGCUACAAAAGGUUGUUGCUUUCGAGAAUGCGUUUGAUCGGAUCUUUGCUCUUAUCGACGCUGAGGGCUCUUUGACCCAUGGCUCUAUGACAGUUCAAGACUGCUUGACUCUACUUGCCAAUCUCUUGAAGUUGAAUGUCUCCAACCAAUCCUACUUCAGAGAAAUCGGCUGUGUAUCAAAACUUGCCCGUCUUCUUGCUGGGGUUGCUGAAGAAGAAGAAGAAUCAAAAGAUGGUGUAUCUGACUGGGCCAAGCCACAGAGAGACAUGAAUGUCUGGGGCCUGUUAGCGAUUGUGCAGCUUCUCCUGAUUCAUGGUGCUCAAGGUACGCCGUUAAAUCAAGACGCGUGCUGGAAGAGCAGUAUAGUGCUGCAGGUUCUUCAUCUUUCUUUCAGCUCGACAUUUGGGGUCGGCAUACGCGCCAAAGCUUUAUCAACCUGCGCCGAUUUGAUCCGUGGCAAUGCCACAUUGCAAGAGAAGUUUGGAGAUCUCAAUGUGCCCAAAGGCCAUCCCGAAGCAUUUACAGAAUCCAACAACCAGCCACUUCCUAAUGGUCAUCCAACCACGAAUGUAAUCGAAGCUCUCCUCGAGUUGACCCUGGAGCCCGCCCCAAUCAGCCUGUUCGACGUUCGCCUAGCAGCCUGUGAAUGCGUAAAGGCAUUCUUCACAGGUCACAAAGGCAUUCAAGCUCAUGUACUACGUAGGGCGAUUGAAGGCCACAAGAGUGGCGAGGAUGAGAUUCCAAACAUUCUGACAGUCUUGAUCAGUCCCAAUGACUCAAGAGCAACAUCUGAUCCAUAUCAACCAUGGAUGGCUUCGGUGUUAAUGUUCCAUUUGUUGUAUGAAGACUCGGACGCAAAGGCCAUUGCUUUAGCCGUCUCUGAGGGCAACGCAGACAAAGGCGAAGAGGUUAUAAGUUUUGUACAGAGCAUUGCCAGCAAGCUGAUUGCAGGAUAUCAGCAACAAGAGGAUGAGCGAAUAUUGGUCGGGUAUCUAAUGCUUCUUUGUGGGUGGCUAUUUGAAGAUCCUGAUUCAGUGAACGACUUCCUCGGCGAAGGUUCUUGUGUAUCCACUUUGAUUCAAGCUGCGAGAGUGAGCAGUCAGAGUAUGCCUCUUGCUGCUGGCUUGGGUAUCUUCUUACUUGGCAUCAUCUACGAAUUUUCGACCAAAGACUCUCCCAUUCCAAGAAGUAAGCUGCACAACUUACUCGUAUCUGCUCUUGGUCGAGAAGUGUACAUUGACAGGCUCACAAAGCUUCGCGAGAAUCCUAUCUUGCGGGAUUUCGAGGUGCUUCCACAAUGUGCCAGGACUGGCUCAGAAAGUGGCCUUCCGGAUGUGUUCCUGGAUAAAACUUUUGUGGAAUUCGUGAAGGAUCAAUUCAGUCGCAUAUUACGUGCAGUUGAUCGUGAUCCAGCUUUCGAAGUCUCUGUGGUAAGUAAUGGUGUUCAGAAGGGUAUUUCAAGGGAGUUAGUGGACAGCCUAAAAGCGCAAGUGGACGAGAAGACUAACACGCUUCAAAACCUCGAGUCAGAAAUGGUGCUCUUGAACCGUAGAAUAGAACAAGAGGAGCUGGACCACCGUCGCACGAAGGACUCGUCCGCUGUCGAGCUAGCAAGAAUCAAGCAGAUCAAUGACAGUCUCCACAAGAACCACGAAGAAGAAUUGAAAGUUGUCCAUGACGGAUUUGCACGUCAGCGAGACGAACUGAUCAGACAGUACGAAACGCAACUACAGAAUCUGGACGCACGAUUGCAGCAAUCAAUUGCUGAGAACGAAGAAAAGGCUAACAAGAUUCGUGAGAGAAACGAAGCUGAGAUUGGUGACUUAAGAAUUACAGUGCAGCGCUUAGAAGCUCAGCUUGAGAAGGCGAGUAGAGACCAUGUGCAAGAUCUUCAGACAGCCAACGAGGAGUACGUCAGCAAGGCAGAGACUUUAGAAAACCGGGCGAAGCGUGCUGAAGAGAAAGUUGAGGAGCUCGAAGACAUGAUCAAAACCAUCAGAACUGCUCUUGAAGGAGCAAGGUCGGAGCGGGACAGUCUCAAGAUUCGGGUUGACGAGAAGGAAACAGCUCGAAAAGAAGUGCAGACUGAGCUUGAUGACCUGUUGAUUGUUUUUGCCGACCUCGAGACCAAACGAGCACAAGACAAAAAGCGUCUGAAAGCACUAGGUGAGCCUGUCUCGGAAGGGGAGGAUUCUGAAGAAGUGGAAGAUGAUGCCGACGAUGAAGACAGGCCUGAACCUGACUGA